AUGAUAUANUUGCUCAGAAAUCUUUCCAGCUAUUAUUACAAGGAUGCCAGCCUUCUCUUCUGUGUGCGUAUUGCUCAGGGGUUUGUGCAUAUGGGAAAGGGUCUAUUAACUCUCAGUCCCUUUCACUCUGAACGGCUGUUGCUAUCGCCAACCGCUCUUGCUGGUAUAGUGACAUUGUUGCAUGCCUGCCUUGACAUGCAAUCCAUCAUACUGGGGAAAUACCACUAUGUGCUCUACUUCAUUGUUUUGGCGAUGCAGCCAAGAAUGAUGCUUACGGUGGACGAGAACCUGAAGCCUAUCUCAGUGCCAGUGCGGGUAGGACAAGCAGUUGAUGUGGUUGGACAGGCGGGUCGACCGAAGACAAUCACGGGGUUCCAAACACACUCGACACCAGUUCUCCUUGCUGCUGGGGAGAGAGCCGAACUCGCAACCGAGAAGUACAUUCCGUUGUCGCCCAUAUUAGAAGGUUUCAUCAUACUGAAAGAAAAUCCAGACUACAGAGAAGAGUGAAUCCAAAGUUGGAAGUGCGACCGAGCAUAUGAAAGAUAGAGAGAGCCUUAGAAUACUUAAAACUGUGGUUUUAUGUGCACAAUUAGUCAUUUUCUUAGUUUAAUCGAGUCUGUUCCCAAGAAAUGGGUUCACAAUCUCUCUUUUUCGAAAAGAAAAAUCGCUUCAUGUAGGAACUUUUUGUGCACUUUCAAAUCUAAAUUUUUUAACCUGGUUCUUUUAA